AUGUCCACAGCAGCCGUCGGUCCAGCGCCUAGCUCGCCCGACUUCGUGCCGGGAGAUGCGGCGGCGAGAAAGACGGGGCUAGAGAGUGUGAUGACGGCGCCGGAAGGGAAGGGUUGCUUAACGGUGGAUAAUUUCAUGGCGGCGUGUGGCGAGCUCGUGCUCACCGACCAUCAAAAGGCGCUCGUCGCCGAGACUCGCGAGUUAAUCGCCUGGAGCGGCACAUCAACGGAUGACGUUGACGACCGCACCGUCAUGCGCUUCCUCGUUGCGCGCGCGCUCGCGCCCGCCAAGUCCGCGCCCAUGUACGUGGCGCACCGCAAGUGGCGCACCGCGUACAUCCCGGACGGCGCCCCGACGGUCCCGAUGGAGAGCAUUCACACGCAGGCCGCGAGCGAUAUCAUGUGCCUUCAAACCCUGCCCGGCCACGCGUCGUGGCUGCUCAUUCGCCCGCGCUUCCACGACCCCAACACGCGCGAUCUCGACGAAUUCGUCCGUCUUAUCGUAUACGGCAUGGACGCUGCACUCGGCAGCUCCCGCACAGCGGGCUUCCACAAGUGCGGGGUGAUCAUAGACAUGGAAGGGCUGGCGUAUCGCAACCUGGACACGCGCGGAGUGAUUGCCGCGAUUGCCGUGCUGCAGAACCAGUACCCGGAGCGGCUCAUCUGUCUCUUCCUCAUCCACGUUCCCACUGUCUUCUGGACUCUCUGGAAGCUCGUUUCGCCCUUCAUCGACCCCAUCACCAAGAGGAAGUUCCGGUUCCUAGAGGACAAGGCCAUAGAGGAAACCCUAGGCGCGGCCAUUCCUAGGAAGCAGCUGCCGAGCCGGUACGGCGGGGAGGGCGAGUUCACUCCUAUCCGCACCGUGCAAUUGUGUCUCUUAUCGCCGCGCCCCCUGUCCCAUCGUGACGCCCCCUCGUUUCGGGGAGCCUCCCCUCGUCGCGGCUCCGCUCACCUCGUCGCGGCUCCGCUCACCUCGUCGCGGCUUCGCUCGCCUCGUCGCGGCUCCGCUCGCCUCGUCGCGGCUCCGCUCGCCUCGCCGCGCCUCCGCUCACCUCACCGCGCCUUGGCUCCCCUCGUCGCGCCUCCGCUCCCCUCGUCGCGCCUCCGCUCCCCUCGUCGCGCCUCCGCUCCCCUCGUCGCGCCUCCGCUCCCCUCGCCGCGCCUCCGCUCCCCUCGUCGCGCCUCCGCUCCCCUCGCCGCGCCUCCGCUCCCCUCGCCGCGCCUCCGCUCCCCUCGUCGCGCCUCCGCUCCCCUCGCCGCGCCUCCCCUGCCAUCAGCGCGCCAACACCCUCGCCGCGCCUCCCCUGCCAUCAGCGCGCCAACACCCUCGCCGCGCUGCCCCUCCUCGCGCCUCCACUCCCGUUUCUUGUUACCUUCCCCGAUAUCCCUCUUGUUACCUUCUAUUCGGUCUUGUUACCUUCCCCUCUAUUCCCUCUGCUUCCCCUCAUUCCCCGUCUGCUUCCCCUCAUUCCCCGUCUGCUUCCCCUCAUUCCCCCCUCUUCUUCCCCCAUUUACUCCCCUGCUUCCCCUGGUUUCCCCCCUUCUUCCCCUAUUCCAGCCCCCAGAUUUCCCUAUAUUUAAUUUCCUGCUUCCCCUAAUUCUCCUUUUGCUUCCCCUCAUGUCCCCCUCUGCUUCCCCGCAUUUCCCCCUCUGCUUCCCCGCAUUUCCCCCACUGCUUCCCCGCAUUCCCCCCUCCGCUUCUCCUCAUUCCCCCCUCCGCUUCUCCUCAUUCCCCCCUCCGCUUCUCCUCAUUCCCCCCUCCGCUUCUCCUCAUGUCCCCCUCUGCUUCUCCGCAUUUCCCCCUCUGCUUCCCCGCAUUUCCCCCACUGCUUCCCCGCAUUCCCCCCUCCGCUUCUCCUCAUUCCCCCCUCCGCUUCUCCUCAUUCCCCCCUCCGCUUCUCCUAUUCCCCCCUCUGCUUCUCCUCAUUCCCCCCUCCGCUUCUCCUCAUUCCCCCCUCCGCUUCUCCUCAUUCCCCCCUCCGCUUCUCCUCAUUCCCCCCUCCGCUCCUCCUCAUUCCCCCCUCCGCUUCUCCUCAUUCCCCCCUCCGCUUCUCCUCAUUCCCCCCUCCGCUUCCCCUUGUUUUCCCCUCUGCUUCCCCCUGGGCAGGGACUUCACAUUCUCUCUGCGCUUCUCUGUCCCCUGGUCCCCCAUGCGCAACCCUGUGCCCAUCAGGUUGUGGACAAGGCAGGCCGCUUGCUGUGUCUCUUGGUACCUUAA